UUCAAACGAAACGUUAUGGUUGACAUAAGUGUAAGCCAGCUCGUGAAUCAGAUAGACCAAAGCAACUUUACAUUGUAUACGGAAUGGCAGGAUACGUACUUUAAAAUAAUAUUACUACGCUCAUGCUUGGUACCGCUGAGUGGUAAGAUGCAUCCACAGAAUAUCAUUUAUUUCCUGGAUCAUCUAGAUGAAUCCUUCGAUACGUAUCUGGAGAAAACGAAACGUGCCUUUUCCGGCGAAAGUAUGGAAAUACAAUUUUUCCUGCAAGACGACACAUUCAUGUGGAAAGAGCAAAAUAUUCUCACUCGUGGAGAAAUUACAGUAUCUCCCAUUUCAAACAUAUUAAUUAUCUCUGAUACUUUGAAAGAAAUAUUGGAGCGUUACCGAGGGUGUCGGGAACGCAUGAUAACGUUGGAAAAAGAAAAUGAAUACUUAAAUGAAAGUAAUGUGAAACUGAACAUACGUAUAGAAAAAACUGUAGGAAUAAAGGAAAAUAUGGAGAAGGAUUUUUAUAGAAAGUUCCUCUUACUCCUGAAUUCGAAGAAACAAAGGAUCAGAGAGCUUCAGGAAGCUCUGGAUAAGAAAACAACAAAAACGGAAUAUGAUGAAACCACUGAUGAAAACGAAGGAUCGGAUGUAGAAGACAAAAGAGUGCAAGAAACUAGCAUUAAGUCUACUAAUAUAAGGAAACGCAAGACGAACUCUCAGGAAGAUGAACAGAAAGAUAAAUCAAACAUUAGUAAGAGAAAUUUUAUGAGAUGUACAAAUUUCUUUUCUAGUGAAAAUUCAAGUCCCGAGCCAUCAACUAGUAAAGACAAGUCAAUAUUGAAAAAUGCAGAUGUGCAACAUAUAACGAUGGCCACCGAACAGCUUAAUACUUCAGAAGAAGAACCUGAAGACGAUCUAUUUUCUCAAUAACAAAAAAGUCUUACAUGAUAUACUUGUUUAAUAAAAUGUACAUAUUUUAUAUAUGUCUACAUCACACACACAUCAAUUAUAUACUGAAAUUGAAUAAUCUAGUCUAAUAUUUUAAUAAGAAAAUAUAUUUUUAAUAUUUUAAAGGAACAAAUUUAUCAUAUAUACAAUUAUGAUUUUAUAAUAUAUUUCGUUAAAUUUGAUUGCGUUAUAUAUAUAUAUGACGAUCAGCAUUAUUAAUUGUGUAUCAAUUCUACAUACGUAUGUGUAAUUUUUGCAAAUAUUGCAACUGUUUCGUUAUAUAUAGCGAAUUAUAUAUUUAUAUACUGAUGAAAUGUGAGACAGCAAUUUACAAAGUAUUUUAUCUAAUGUAUAAAAAAUUACGAAUAAUAAAAGUUCUAAUAAAUAUAUAUUGAAUAGAAAGAAUUUUCUGAGGCCAAUAUCCUGCACAUAUUUUACAUUUAUUCCACAAUGAUCAAAGUGACGGUUUUGUAAAAGACUGAAGUCAAGGAUCGGGGAAGAGUCGAGGAGUUUGAAAAUCACGAGAAUCACGAGAAAAUCACGAUUUUGCGGAGACGGUCCAGAAAAGUAACAACAAUUCGGUCAUCAAAGAUUGCCUAUCUGUUAAUGUUAUCCACAAUAUUUUACAUAAAAUAUAUAUUACAAUGUUGUUAUUAAUAAAUAACGAACUCGGUAAUAGAGUAAUAUUUCGGCUUAUCGUUUCGCUCUAAUAAUCAAUAUGCAUAUAUAU